AUGCUCUCGCCACUCCUGCGCUCCAGCGCUCCCCAAGCCCGGGCCUUCAGCCGGGCGAUUCCGCUGAGGAACCAGCUCCGUUCCCUUUUCACCACGCCUAGCCGCCAUGCCGAAGAAAAGCAGCUUAACCGGAUCUCGGCCACCAUUACCCAGCCUAAGUCACAGGGUGCUUCUCAGGCUAUGCUCUACGCAACCGGCCUAACUGAGGAGGACAUGAACAAGCCUCAGGUCGGCAUCUCGUCGGUGUGGUAUGAGGGCAAUCCAUGCAAUAUGCACCUGCUCGACCUCUCCAAGAUCGUGCGUGACAGCGUCGCGAAGGCUGGCCUUGUGCCUAUGCGGUUCAACACAAUCGGCGUUUCGGACGGUAUUAGCAUGGGUACCACGGGCAUGAGGUACAGUCUGCAGAGUCGCGAGAUCAUUGCCGACAGUAUCGAGACGGUCAUGCAAGGCCAAUGGUACGACGCCAAUAUUUCGCUGCCGGGCUGCGACAAGAACAUGCCUGGUGUGCUGAUUGCCAUGGGCCGUGUCAACCGGCCCAGUAUCAUGGUGUAUGGUGGUACUAUCAAGCCGGGCUGCAACAUGAAGGGCGAGCCUAUCGACAUCGUCAGCGCCUUCCAGGCCUAUGGACAGUACAUUUCUGGCGAGAUCGAUGAGAAGCAGCGCUUCGACAUCAUUCGCCAUGCCUGCCCUGGCGGCGGUGCUUGCGGUGGCAUGUACACUGCUAACACCAUGGCUUCUGCCAUUGAAACCCUCGGCAUGACCCUCCCCGGCAGCAGCAGCUUCCCUGCUGAGGAUCCCCGGAAGAAGGCGGAGUGUGAGAGCAUUGGCGAGGCCAUCAAGAACCUUCUUCGUGAGGAUAUCCGGCCCAAGGAUAUUCUGACGCGCACAGCCUUCGAGAACGCCAUGAAGGUAGUUAGUGUUCUUGGUGGUAGUACCAAUGCCGUCCUGCACCUCAUUGCUAUUGCAGAUUCGGUCGGUAUCAAGCUCACCAUUGACGAUUUCCAAGCCGUGUCGGAUAAAACUCCCCUGCUGGCCGAUUUGAAACCGUCGGGCAAGUAUGUCAUGGAAGACUUGUGCAAGAUCGGCGGUACUCCAGCUCUGCUCAAGUUUCUGCUCAAGGAGGGCAUCAUUGACGGGUCCGGCAUCACCGUCACUGGUAAGACCAUGAAGGAGAACGUCGAGAAGCUACCCGGCUUCCCUGAAGACCAGCCCAUCAUCCGUCCUCUGAGCAACCCGCUGAAGCCAACUGGGCAUAUCCAAAUCCUGCGCGGUACUCUGGCCCCGGGUGGCUCGGUUGGCAAGAUCACGGGUAAGGAGGGUCUUCGCUUCGAGGGCAAGGCUAAGGUUUAUGACUAUGAGGAUGCCUUUAUCGAGGCUCUGGAGCGGGGUGAGAUCAAGAAGGGCGAGAAGACAGUUGUAGUCAUACGCUACGAGGGCCCCAAGGGCGGCCCUGGUAUGCCGGAAAUGCUCAAGCCAAGCUCUGCCAUCAUGGGUUACGGCUUGGGCAAGGACGUCGCUCUCAUCACAGAUGGUCGUUUCUCUGGUGGCAGUCACGGUUUCUUGAUUGGCCACAUCGUACCUGAGGCCAUGGAGGGUGGCCCGAUUGCAUUGGUACAGGAUGGUGAUACUAUUGUUAUCGAUGCUGAGAAGCGUGCUAUCGAUCUCCUUGUGUCUCCCGAGGAACUUGAACAGCGCCGCAAGGCCUGGAAGAAGCCUGCCUACAAGGUGCCUCGUGGCACAUUGCGGAAGUAUGCCCAGCUGGUUAGCGAUGCCAGCCACGGGUGUGUUACUGACAGGGCGGCUGACGCUGAGGAGUAA